CAUCGACGCUUCUGUUAAACGCGUCGCGACAUGUUCGAUCUCUCAGUACAUAUAUGCAAUAUAUAGACAGUGCAUUAGACUUUUUUCAUUCAAUCGUAAGCUUCAGUUACGAGCAUUAAGACAUGGACCGAGUAAAAGAAUAUAUACGCCGAAAAUCAAUCGAGCGAAAAAUGUACGGUCCGUUGUCGUCAAGUCCAUCGCCAUCGAAGGAAAAAGCGAGAUAUUGGGAAUGUCCUGGAGAAAAGAUGUCAAAGUCGCCAACGUGCUCAUUAUCAACGUCAUCGAUGCCAUUGAAAUAUAAAUCAUAAAGUAUAAACAUUAAUAAACUCGCGAACAAAGAAAAUACAUAGAAAGACGCGAUAAAAUGUGUUGCGCCAUGUUCGCAUUUCUUAGAAAGAGGGGAGAGUUACUCCUUCUUCGAUUCUAGAAGUUUUAUAUACAUCGCAAUUUAUGCGUGCAAUUAGUCUUGCGAUACCCGCUUGUACGGUUGAAAAACGUACUUCACUAAAGACAGCAACGCAUCAUAUGAAACGAAGAAGGAGUAACAUCAUGGAGCAUUGCGAGGUGCGUUUAUUGAGCAGACGUUAUAAUCUGACGACUACGGGCUACAAAUUUUUGGAAAUUAGAAUCAACAUUGGUCCACUGAGUUAUGUGGCGAUCGCCCUGGGAGAUCAUCGCGGACAUGAACUGCUGUUGUCUCUCGAAACGUGGAAGGGCCUCUACAAUAGCAAUGGAAUAUUUACAAGAUGCUGCACCAACCAAUUGCUAUAACCGGCGAUGACUAUUAUUUAUAUUUAACCAUUCAACCAUUCUAGAACGUUUCUAUCCAAUAGAGCAGUUUUGUUUUCUUUUGAGCAUUACUUUCAUUUCUAACGGAAAAUUGAGUGGUACUAACUUGUACUAAAAUAUUUCAAAGCUUCAUUCACUUUUUUUCCGAAAUCCUGUUUUCGAAUAUGGUCAUCACGAUUCCAAAAAAAAAAAUGAAAGUCCGACUGGUUUCUACUUUUACGAUUAUACUCAGAGAA